UGCUGUUGUCGUUUAGCUUGUGAAGCUAAUCACCAUGAUUAGUACCCUUCCUUUUGUCUAUUCAUAAUAUCAUAUACUAAUCCCUCCACAGAAAGCAAUUAGUGAAAGGGGGUUUUACUGUAUUGUUGUGAGUUGUGAAGCCAUUAGCCAUGGAGCUUAUUCAUGAUGUAAUGAACAUUUUAGUUCCUCUUGUUGUACUCAUAUUUCUCAUUUUGUUCUAUCCACCAUAUCUGGUUUACAAGUUAUUAAGUUUCAUAAAAAGAUCCAUAACCACAGAGGAUGUGAGAGGAAAGGUGGUAGUAAUCACCGGAGCAUCUUCCGGCAUCGGCGAGCAUAUUGCUUAUGAGUACGCCAAGAGAGGAGCUCGUCUAGUCCUUGCUGCGCGAAGGGAGGAUCGCCUUCUAGCAGUUGCUGAUAAAGCUCUGAAGCUUGGCUGCCUCGAUGUUAAGGUGAUUCGUGCCGACGUUGCCAAGGUAGAAGACUGCAAGAGAUUGAUUGAGGAGGCUUUGAACUACUUCGGACGAUUGGAUCAUCUGGUUAACAAUGCUGGAAUAGAGCGACACAGUCUAUUUGAAGAAAUCAACCAAAUCGCCGACUUUAUUCCCAUUAUGGACAUAAAUUUCUGGGGUUCAGCAUAUUGCACCCAUUUUGCAGUUCCGCACCUGAAAAAGACCAAAGGGAAGAUCGUUGUGAUCGCUUCCACUGCUUCAUGGUCUCCGACACCAGGAUUAAACAUUUACAAUGCAAGCAAGGCAGCUCAAACCAGCUUCUUUGAGACACUUAGGACUGAAUUUGGAGGUGCCAUUGGAGUAACAAUUGUCCUCCCUGGAGUUAUAGAAUCUGAAAUGGCCAACAGCCAAACGUUGGCCGAGAUCGGAUUAGACAUCUUACCGAGUGAGUCGACCGGAAGAUGUGCCAAGGCAAUCGUAAACAGUGCUUGCCGGGGAGAUAUGUUCUUGACUGAGCCAUUCUGGGUGGGGGUUGGAUAUCUACAGAAGGUGUUGUGCUCUGAGUUCACUGAGUGGCAAUACCAUAAACAUUUUGUCAAGAAAUUACAGAAACAUCACGCAGGAAAGAAAAACUAGUAUACUGCUGAGAUUUUUCUUGAACAAAAUAAAUGUAUUAGGACAUCCUUUCUUCAAAGGGUUUGGAAUCGGAACGGGGUUUCGCUAUUUCCCUCCGCUCUCCCUUUAUGUUUAUGAAAUCGAAAACUCUGUAUGUCCCUAACAAUUUCUUUCAUAACCGGCCAUAAUAGUAUUACGUUAUCUAAUUACAUUGAAUUUCGUUA